UAAUCGGUAAGAAUGUGAAUCUCUGGCGAUGCGGGCCCCUAGUUUGAAUCAUUUCCUUGUCUCCAGCACCAACAUGGCGGACCAGGGUGAGAAGAAAGAAAACCCAAUGCGUGAGCUCCGUAUCAGAAAGCUCUGUAUGAACAUAUGUGUUGGCGAAAGUGGUGAUCGACUUACUCGAGCUGCCAAAGUGCUUGAGCAGCUCACUGGUCAAACACCUGUCUUCUCCAAAGCUCGAUACACUGUAAGAUCUUUUGGUAUUAGGAGAAAUGAAAAGAUUGCUGUUCACUGCACAGUCCGUGGUGCCAAAGCUGAAGAGAUCCUGGAAAAAGGCCUUAAAGUUCGUGAAUAUGAGCUGAGAAAAAACAACUUCUCAGACACUGGAAACUUUGGCUUUGGUAUUCAGGAGCACAUUGAUUUGGGCAUUAAGUAUGACCCAAGCAUCGGUAUCUAUGGUUUAGACUUCUAUGUGGUUCUGGGAAGACCAGGCUUCAGCAUUGCUGACAAGAAGCGUAAACGUGGUCGCAUUGGAGCCAAACACAGGAUCAACAAAGAGGAGGCCAUGCGCUGGUUUCAACAGAAGUAUGAUGGUAUCAUUCUCCCAGGAAAAUAAAAAUGUUUUGUAAUUGUCAUUAAUACAAGAAUCUGAUACUUACUCAGUUUUAGUUUAGUGGUAGUUACCUCAUCAUUGUAACUUGGAUUAGGCAGAAAGAUAACUGUCAAUCAUAUUGCCGGUUCACCCUGUUUUCUGACUCCACUAUAAUAUGACAAAGUUCAUGUCCUUGAUGAGUUUACCAUUGUUUAGUGAAUAUAGCCUUCUCUUGAAGCUGCUAUUUGAUACGUGCUCUGGCUAUCUGUGAACUCAAGAACCACAAUUCCAUGAAAGCAAUAAGAGCUAUUUGGUGUGAAUCAUCCUGUUGUAGAUCCAAAUUUUCAUACAAUAGCCCUAAAAUUUUCUAAUUCCUUUUUAAAAUCAUUUCAGUUUUCCUUGUUUGAAAAUUCCAAGGUAUGGCUCAAUAGUGUCAACCAAAUGCUAAUUGUUCUGGUGUAAACCUGAAUAAUAAACUAAAUCUUCCAACUGUGCAUUCUCAACAAAGUUUCACCCACUGUAAGCAGGGAUUCUUGGGCUUUGUAUAUGUGAUUUCCUGCUUGUGCUGUUGUUGGUGGAAAGCUGUGCACCAUGAACUCACUACCAGGAAACAUCUAUUAUCAAGUAGCAGUUCUGCAGAGAAGAGCAUUGUACUCAAAUCCUAUCACCUAGUGACUCCAGGUGAUACAUUGUUUGGGACUGGGUGGUCUUCCCCUGUCUGUACUUGUAAUGUCCCACUCUGAUCGCUGUCUUAGUUGAAGAUGUUCAGCAUUCAAGAAGGAACUGAACAAGGUAAUGAAGAAGGAGAAAAAUAUCACACAGGGCAUGUGGUGAGAAAGGAAGCUGAUGGAUACCAAUGAUGCAGAUUGCCUUGUCAGUUAAUCUUUACCCAAGGGUGGCUGUUUCUGUGAAUGAGAAGAAGCUGGUUUACGUGUGGGUGGAGACUUUGUAUCAGAUUGCUGUUUGUACAGGUAUUCUAUAUUCUUGAUGUCAAGCUGAUUUUUUUUCCCCACCCCCUCCUCUACUGACCAUAAGACUCUACUGAGAACUAGCCCUAUUUUGCUGGAUUUCAGUGUUUCCACUUCUGGUUUUGUGUCUGUAAUUUCUUUGGUUUACUCAUGAUGUCUCCUGUUGUCUCAUUGCUGCCUUUCAUUUAAGCACUUUAGAGGUCAUUCCCAUUUUUCUGGCGCUUUGUUAUAUUUCCCCAUUUCUAUUUUUAAAAAAAAAAAAAUCAGUAUUUUCUUCCAAAGGAAGUCUUCUGUCGACAAAUUUUCCAGAUCUACUGAAGGCUUCUCGCAUUUUCUUUUGUUGUUAUUUAUGUAACCAUUGUGAUUCUUUUUAACAUCUAAAACUUCAGAGAAUGAAAAAGAAUGCUUUCAAUUCACUGCAUGGCUGAAUAACUACUUUCAGAAUAUAGUGUAAAACAUUAUGACUGUAAGGUAGUGACAAACACAAUAAAUACACCAUAUUUACUAUUUAUAUAUUUUUAUUCCACACAUAAAUAGUAAUUCAAAUCUUUUCAUGACAGUGAAUAUGCAAGGAACUUGACAUUUCUGUAUUGGAUGAAUGCAGUUUUCUUUGAAAAACACUUCUUGCUACUUUCUCUAGUGUUCAAACAUUAUUCCACUUAAUUUUAGCCACCAGUCUGUCUGUGUUACACAAAGAGCAGUAUUAACUUUUUCUGUCAUUUCCCCCUCCCCCACCCUCAGUUCCAGCCUCGGUCUCCCUUCCCCUCUUUCUCUGGGCAUAUGAAGUUUAAAUAAAUGCAAACUUGAUCUGAA